GAGUCUUGAAGGUACGCAUAUAUGAGGGCGUUUAUCUCGUCGGAGGUGAUGGAAAUCGGUCUGUUGGCGCUCCCCAUGGCGGUGGCAGCAGGGCCUCGUUGGCGCAGCGCUGAAGUUUGAGGACAAGUCCGAACGGGCACGUGCGCGCCACAUCACGAUCACGGUGACGCGCCGCGCAUACCGGCGGAUCCGGGCCGAGGACGCUCAUUACACACCCACUGGUACCCCCGCUCCCGACAUCGACAGCGACGCCCUCGACAUGGCGGACAACGGACAGGGCGGCUCAUUUGACGAUGAGGUGCGCCUGGAGGGGCAGGCACGGCUUGUGAACUGGGAGACACUCGUCCGUCUCCUCGCUCGUAGCAGGGCAGGUAGUGGAUCCCAGGCCUUUGAUAUUGCUACUCUGGCGGACAUACUUGAUGGAGAGAACGAUGAUGAUGACGACGACGACUACACGCCGGACGGACGAGACGAGGAAUACAGUAUAUCCCCUCGCCAGUCCAGAGAUACCCCUCUUUUCCCUCCUGUCACCGAGCCCAAGGAAGAAGGAGUCAAGCUCCUCAUGAGCGGAGAAUUUGGAAGGGUCGGAAACAAGAUGCGGGCAAGGCAGAACCGCUUUGAUCUCCCUACGGCCAUCACCAAGCAGGCUACUGCCCAACGUCCCGUUGUUUUCAAGGAGGACUAUGUCAACAGCAUCAUACCGAACACGAAUGGGACUACGGUGGCGGAAUACGCCGCCAACGUUUACACCGGACAGUACUCGCAAGACUCAUCGUUUUACUACACAUGCUCGCAAGAUUUUGAGCUACACAUCUACGACACCACCCAACCCCUGGAACCUCGUGCACAACAUAAUUCUUCCGACCGUAGGUCGUACAGGGGAGGGGGGAGAGACAACGUCACGACACGUAUGCCUAUUAAGCAAGCAAUACAAGGCCAAUACGGCGGCUGGACGAUUACGGACGCAAACGUAUCCCCUGACAACGAGAGGAUAAUAUACUCGUCCAUCUGUGCCGAUGUUUAUAUGACGAAGACACGCGAACCCGAUCCAGAGCAGAAGCAAAUAUCCUUCCGCGACCAGCAUACCACUCGCCGUCAUUACGACUCGCCUCGAGGGAUAUACAGCUGUAAGUUCUCUGCAGACGGAAACGAGGUCAUCGCUGGGGGCGACGGGGACAUCUUCGUUUAUGACCUUCUUGCCGACCGUCGAACGGUCAAGAUUCGUGCGCAUGAAGACGACGUGAACAGUUGCUGCUGGGCAGACACGGCGUCUGGUAACGUCUUGAUCUCUGGCUCGGACGACUCCUUCAUCAAAGUCUGGGACAGACGUUCUCUCGGCUUGUCGUCUAAACCGUCUGGUGUACUCGUAGGACAUACCGAAGGAAUCACGAAUGUUUCUGCGAAGGGUGACGGUCGGUAUAUCAUAUCCAACGGCAAAGACCAGGCAUUGCGUCUCUGGGAUCUGCGAAAAAUGCAUACCAGCGACGAGUUUGACACCUUCAAGCACAAGAACUACUCGACGGGAUGGGAUUACCGAUAUGCGCAAUAUCCACGACCGAAGUACCUCAAGCAUCCGAGAGACUGCAGUGUCAUGACUUUCCACGGACACUCUGUCGUUCGGACACUCAUCCGGUGUUACUUCAGUCCCGCAGAGACGACCGGACAGCAGUACAUCUACUCAGGCUCCGCCGAUGGCAGGAUCCACAUCUGGUCGCUGGACGGUCAGAUAGUACAGAUCCUUGAUCGCGGACUGACUCUGCCUAUGUCUUACGAUCCAUCCGAGCGUGAACCACCGCGCACCCACAGAUCGCCGUGCAUCGUCCGCGAUGUAAGCUGGCACAGUCAGGAGCCCAUCCUGAUGAGCGCCGCUUGGGAGAGUCGUAGCAGCGGCAGCACGGUGGCGCAGCAUCACUGGAAAGGCCUGGCGAAGAUGAGGUACAACCUCGAGGACUGGACCGAGCGCGAACGGGCUGAGCGUGCGGAGCGUUCCGAAAGACCGCACCGACGCCAAAACCCUUGGAUUUAUGUUGAUGUUGACGACGAGGACGAAGAGGACGCGGAGAUGUCGGGCCCUGAUCAAGACGGCUUCAGCGAGUAUAGCGAGGAGGAGGUCGAGUAGGCUUUUGCUUUGUGGAAUUACGUUUUUCUUUCAUCACGAUUUCUCCAAGCUGUAUCUUCCAUCCUGUACCAUAUGUCUCGUUGCAAUGCAUGCUCUUUCCGGACGACAUCUG